GUCAGGUAUCAGAUCAUGAGAAACAGGUUCAGAGUCCAUUUAGUAACAGAACAGAACAAAGAGAAGAAUCUGGAUCAGAGACAGUUACUGGACCUGAAUCACUGGGAGCUGACUAGUUCUGGUUUCUCUCUCAGACUGACUGAAGUUCAGAAGAUGGAAGAUUGGGAACUAAAGAAGGACAAAGCAGAACCUCCAGGAUCCAACUGUCCACCUAUGGGGAGUAACCAGUCCAAAGGAAACCCUCCAGACUUCAGUAAUGAACCUGGACCUUCAGAACCAGAAGAAAAGAUGGAGCAGAGUCCAAAAGAAGAUCAGCAGGAUGUUGAUCUUAUUGGUCGGUGUCAAAGUGACCUUAAAGUGUCUCUGAAGAAUAGGUUUCAAGGUGUCCGUGAAGGCAUUCCUAAAGCUGGAAGGAAAACCUUUCUGAAUGAGAUCUACACAGAGCUCUUCAUCAUGGAGGGAGGAACUGGAGAGGUCAAUGAUGAACAUGAGGUCAGACAGAUUGAAACAUCAUCCAGGAAACCAAAAAGACCAGAAACAACAAUCGGACAAGAAGACGUCUUCAAACUCCCACCUGGAAGAAAGAACCCAAUCAGAACCGUGAUGACAAAGGGCGUGGCUGGCAUUGGGAAAACAGUCUUAACACAGAAGUUCACUGUGGACUGGGCUGAAGACAAAACCAACCAGAACAUCCAGUUCAUAUUUCCAUUCACCUUCAGAGAGCUGAAUGUGCUGAAAGAGAAAAAGUUCAGCUUGGUGGAACUGAUUCAUCACCGCUUUACUAAAACCAAAGGAAUCAGCAACUUUGAACAGUUCCAGGUUCUGUUCAUCCUUGAUGGUCUGGAUGAGAGUCGACUUCCUCUGGACUUCCACAACACGGAGACUCUGACUGAUGUUACAGAGUCCACCUCAGUGGAUGUUCUGCUGAUCAACCUCAUCAGGGGGGAACUGCUUCCCUCUGCUCUCCUCUGGAUAACCACACAACCUGCAGCAACCAAUCAGAUCCCAGAUGAGUUCAUCGACAUGGUGACAGAGGUCAGAGGGUUCACUGACCCACAGAAGGAGGAGUACUUCAGAAAGAGAUUCAGUGAUGAGGAGGAGAAGGCCAGCAAGAUCAUCUCCCACAUCAAGACAUCACGAAGCCUCCACAUCAUGUGCCACAUCCCAGUCUUCUGCUGGAUCACUGCUACGGUUCUGGAGGAUGAGUUAAAGAUCAGAGAGGGAGGAGAGCUGCCAAAGACCCUGACUGAGAUAUACAUCCGCUUCCUGGUGGUUCAGAUCAAAAACAAGAGGACAAAGCAUGAUAAAGGAACUGCAGAAGAUCCAGACAUUAGUGAGAUGGUUGUGUCUCUGGGAAAACUGGCUUUUGAGCAGCUGCUGAAAGGAAACAUGAUCUUCUAUGAAUCAGACCUGAUGGAGUGUGGCAUCGAUAUCCAAGAGGCUCCACUCUAUUUAGGAGUGUUCACUGAGAUCUUUAAAGUGGAGAGAGGGAUGGACAACUACUCAGUCUACUCCUUCGUUCAUCUGAGCAUCCAGGAGUUCCUGGCUGCAGUCUACAUGUUCCACUGUUUCACCAACAGAAACACAGGCGUUAUGAACAGGUUCCUGGGAGAAGACCAUAAUUACUCAUCUCUGGAGGGCUUCCUGAAGAAAGUCAUGGAGAAAUCCCUCAGCAGUGAAAAUGGUCACCUGGACCUGUUUGUCCGCUUCCUUCAUGGCUUCUCUGAGGAGUCCAACCAGAGACUCUUAGGAGGUCUGGUGGGUCAGACAGAGAACAGUCCAGAAACCACCCAGGAAAUCAUUAACAACCUGAAGGAGAUGAACAUUGGUUUUAUCUCUCCAGACAGAAGCAUCAACAUCUUCCACUGUCUGAUGGAGAUGAAGGACCUCUCAGUUUAUCAGGAGAUCCAACAGUUCCUGAAAUCAGAGAACAGAUCUGAGAAGAAGCUCUCAGAGAUCCAGUGUUCAGCUCUGGCCUACAUGCUGCAGAUGUCAGAGGAGGUUCUGGAUGAGUUGGACCUGGAGAAGUACAACACAACAGAGGAUGGACGACUGAGACUGAUUCCAGCUGUGAGGAACUGCAGAAAGGCUCGACUUGUUGGCUGUAAACUCUCAGAAACUGAAUGUGAAGUUGUGGCCUCAGCUCUGGAGUCCAACCCCCACCUGACUGAACUGGACAUCAGUGAGAUCUGUGGAGGAAGAACCUUUGGAGAUUCUGGAUUGAAGCAUCUGUUGGCGAUACUGGAGAGUUCAAUCUGUAAACUGAAGAUCCUGAGAUUAAGGAGCUGCAGUUUGACAGCGAUCAGCUGUGCUUCUUUGGUCUCAGCUCUGAAGUCCAACCCCUCCCAUCUGUCAGAACUGGACCUGAGUCAGAACUACAACCUGAAAGAUGCUGGAGUGGAGGAGCUCUUUGGUUUUCUACAGACUCCUCUCUGCAAACUACAGAUAUUGAGACUGAGCUUCUGCAGUUUGUCAGAGAACAGCUGUGCUUCUCUGGUCUCAGCUCUGAAGUCCAACCCUUCCCAUCUAACAGAACUGGACCUGAGCUGGAACAAAGACCUGAAAGAUUCUGGAGUGAAAGAGCUCUGUGGUUUUCUACAGACUCCUCUCUGCAAACUACAGAUAUUGAGAUUGAAGGAGUGCAGUUUGUCAGAGAUCAGCUGUGCCUCUAUGGGCUCAGCUCUGAAGUCCAACCCCUCCCAUCUGACAGAACUGGACCUGAGGUGGAACAACUUGAGAGAUUAUGGAGUGAAGGAGCUCUGUGGUUUUCUACAGACUCCUCUCUGCCAACUACAGAUAUUGACAUUGAAGGAGUGCAGUUUGUCAGAGAACAGCUGUGCUUCUCUGGUCUCAGCUCUGAAGUCCAACCCGUCCCAUCUGACAGAACUGGACCUGAGUCAGAACAACCUGAAAGAUUCUGGAGUGAAGGAGCUCUGUGGUUUUCUACAAACUCCUCUCUGCAAACUACAGAUAUUGAGAUUGAGGCUCUGCAGUUUGACAGACAUCAGCUGUACUUCUCUGGUGUCAGCUUGGAAGUUCAACCCCUCCCAUCUGUCAGAACUGGACCUGAGUCAGAACAACCUGAAAGAUGCUGGGGUCAAGGAGCUCUGUGGUUUUCUACAGACUCCUCUCUGCAAACUACAGAUAUUGAGAUGGAGGAGCUGCAGAUUGUCAGAGAUCAGCUGUACUUCUCUGGUGUCAGCUCUGAAGUCCAACCCGUCCCAACUGACAGAACUGGACCUGAGCUACAACAACCUGAAAGAUUCUGGAGUGAAGGAGCUCUGUGAUUUUCUACAGACUCCUCUCUGCAAACUACAGAGAUUGAAAUUGGAGCGCUGCCAUUUGUCAAAGAUCAGCUGUGCUUCUCUGGUCUCAGCUCUGAAGUCCAACCCGUCCCAUCUGACAGAACUGGACCUGGGCUUCAACAACCUGAAUGAGUCAGAUGUUCAGCAGCUGGAGGAUUUUGUAAAGAGUUCAGACUACAAACUGAAUGAUGUGUGGAGGGCAGAUUGAUGAUCUUUGUAAAGGAGAGAAGCUGAGCUGUGUCCUGAUGAUCCACAGAGGUUGAAGCUGCAGCAGUUUGAGUUUAAAGAGACUCUGUGUUAUGAUUUGGGGUUGAUGGUUUUUGGUUUCUGGUUUUUCUUAUGUUUUUCACAGUUAAGGUUUUGACUCGUUCUUUUGUUAUUAUUCUUCUUAGAUUUUGAAUCAUGCUUCUGUUAUUUUCCUGGCCAUGCUUUAGGUUUGUCGUCUUGUCCAUGUUCUGUCAAUUAAGUUUAUUCGGUUCACCUGUCCAAGUUAAUCUGUCUUUUUGCUCCACCUGGUUUUCACUCCAUAUAUACACUCCUGUUAAGUUGUUCAUCACGGAAACAUUUCUUAUGCUCAUGUCUUGUUUUCAUGCCUGUCUUGCCUGCCCGUUUGUUUUGUUCCUGCCUCCUGUAGUGAGUGAGUUUUUUGUUAUUAAAUCUUUUGCACUUACCGUCAUGCUGCCUUCUGAUCUGCAUUCUGGGGUCCUAUAUCUCACAAACCGUAACACUCUGACUGGAUCAUGAUGAUGAACUCUGACUUUAGAGAUUUUUAUCCUGUUUAUUUUCUCAUUUAGUGUAUGAUAUUGUUUGUCUCUCUGGACCAAUGAAGAUGAAAUGAAAACGAAGCUGCAUUUAGUGGCUCCAUGUAGUUUUGAUCUGAAAUUAAUUAAACUAUAAAGUUGAUUUUUUUUCUCACUGAUUCAUUUUUUAAGCCUGAAACCAAGAAACAUGAAAUAAAGCUAAAUUCAGACGUU